AUGGCCAGAAUCUGGCGAGCUGGGAAGAAAGAGCGCAACAGAAAGUUGAGGGAAUUGUCAGCACAGCCUCCACCUGAAGCCCCCAAAGGCCCUCGGGCUAGCCAGAAUGCCCCUCCCAAUGCCCCCACUGAACCCCAGGCUAUGGCGACCUCGUCUCCAGUUGCUAGCAGGAGACGUCUGGUUUCCGCUACUUCUCCUCCUGUGCGCGUUUCGGGGGGACCUGGUCUUUCUACUCGCUCUACUUUGAGAGGAGGACCCGGUGUUUCUACCAGGUCUACCGUCAGAGGAUCAUCUGUGCGAUAUCCUCGGGUUACUUCACAGCCUGCUCGCGCUCCUCGUGCCAGUGCCAGCGUGCCAACGCCGUCACCGUCACCGCUAGCUGCCCAAAUUCCAAUUCAGGAUCCGAAACCGAUCCUGAUUGCCAACCCUUUCUUGGGGCGACCUCCGACUGUCCGAUCCUUCCCUUCAUCUUCCCACAAUUUCUUGUCGGACACCCCAGCAUCUCUCUCGCGUUCUGAAAUUCGUAGGGAAGAAGCUGUCAUAGAUUACCUGGCCAAGAAGGGUUACAGCCGUACCGAAGCCAUGUUGCGAAUGGAGUCUGCCAACCAGGAGAUCGAUGGACGUCCCCUUCCCCAGCUGGGAGAGGACUCUCGCCCCAAGACCCGGCAAGGAUUCGACUUGUUGAAGAACUGGGUUGAGGAAAAUCUCGAUCUGUACAAGCCUGAGCUGCGUCGUGUUUUGUGGCCAUUGUUCGUCUACUCGUUCUUUAACAUGGUGACAUCCUUCUACCCCCAAGAUGCCAAGAGCUUUUUCGAGGCCAACAAGAACAUGUUUCUGCCUGAGCAUACGGAUGAUAUCCGUCACUUCGAGCCUAUUAGCUUGCCAGAGCACUUGCAGGACAACAGUGUCGCUAAACUCUACCGCAACAACAAGUACCGCGUUGUUCUGAGCAACCCCGCAUACACAAACCUGCUCCAAUUCCUGGAGAGCAAGGACAAGGAGGGCGGCUCUGUGAUGAAUGCAAUCCUCAGCAGUUUCUGCUCUGUGAAGACCAUGGACCGUGCCUCCGAUGAUCGAUUCAGCUUUGCCUCUAUGUUGAACCAGAUGGCGCCCGGACAGAGUUCACCUGCCGAGGAUGAAGGUAUCCCUGGUCACCACCCUGGCUCCGCUUACACCGGUGACAACCCUGCCAUGGCUGGAACACUUCCACGUCUGAGGCUCGGAAAGCUUCCAAUGGAGCAGACACUGGAGGAGGAUGUGCGCGCUGAGCUUGCAGAGGUGGAUGCGAAAGAGCCUCCCGUCGCUGGCCGCAACACUCUUUCCCAGGAGUUCGAACAAAUGAUUAAGAAGGAAGAUGAGGAUGAGGCUCCUUCUCGCGCUGAUAUCCCAUUCCCGCCUUCGAAUGCCCGUGACGUUGAACUUGAGGUCAGAAGGGUUAUGGAGCACCGUGAUCGGUUCGAGAUCAAGGGUCGCACGGGUGGUGUUGGCCCUGGCGUCAGUGUUUGCAUGUUCACUUUCCAUAAUACCUUGGAUAACAUCAACUGCAUGGACUUUUCCGAUGACAACCUGCUCGUCGCUUGCGGUUUCGCCCAAUCCUACAUUCGUGUCUGGAGCCUUGAUGGGAAGAACAUUCAGGGUGCUCUCCCAGAAAUUGACGACUUGGCGCCCGCCAACUCUCGCCGUCUGAUCGGCCACUCAGGUCCUGUCUACGCAGUCGCUUUCCCCCCCUGCGCCCCAGCUCGUGAGGAUCAACAGGAAGGAGAGAGUGUUCCCACCAAUGCUCGUUGGUUGCUUUCCUCGUCUGCCGACAAGACCGUUCGCCUCUGGUCUUUGGACGCUUGGCAAUGCAUGGUUGUUUAUAAGGGCCACGACCGCCCUAUUUGGGAUCUCCGCUGGGGACCUUUCGGACAAUACUUUGUGACCGGUGGAUCGGACCGUACCGCCCGCUUGUGGGUGACCGACCACAUUCGUCAGCAGCGUAUCUUUGUCGGCCAUGAUCAGGACGUGGACUGCGUCUGUUUCCACCCUAACUCGGCUUAUGUUUUCACCGCCAGUUCCGACCACACUGUUCGCAUGUGGGCCGUCACCACUGGUAAUGCUGUUCGUAUGUUCACUGGCCACGCUGGCAAUGUUACCUCCAUGGAAUGCAGCCGUGAUGGCAAGCUCUUGGCCACGGCCGAUGACCAGGGCACUAUCAUUCUGUGGGAUCUGGCACCUGGUCGACUUUUGAAGCGCAUGCGUGGCCAUGGCAAGGGUGGCAUCUGGUCGCUCAGCUGGAGUGUGGAGUCCACCGUGCUUGUCUCAGGUGGAGCUGAUGGCACCGUUCGUGUCUGGGAUGUUGCUGAUUCUCAGGAAAGUACCCAGGGUCGCGUCAUCGGUGAAGGUGGUGCUGGUUCCAAGCUCGAUGCUGGUCCUACUUCCACCACUCAGAGCAAGAAGAAGAAGGGCAAGGAUGUUGUCGUCACUGCUGAUCAGAUCAGCGCUUUUCCAACCAAGAAGAGUCCUGUUUACAAGGUCAAGUUCACGAACAUGAACUUGGUCAUUGCGGGUGGUGCCUAUCUUCCCAUUUAG